AUGGGUCGUUUAAGGAGCCCGUUGUUCAGGGCACUUUUUACCAAAGCCGCCCAAGUAAACGACAGGUCUGCGUGGCGACGUUGUCGGGCAGUGCAAAAAUCGGCCACCCCGCCACUGCUACCAACACGCUUCUCCACGUACAAUAUCCGUGCAAGUCGCUCUGAUAACUCGUCUCCUGCCUCGCGCCCUAUGCAACACUCCGACAGUGCCUCGGCCGGCAGCUGGCUGGGCCACCAAGGCGCCGCCGCCUUCGAUUUCAGGAGCGAUACGAUGACCACACCAACUAGUGCCAUGCUGCUUGCGAUCCAGAAGACCACGUUGCUGGAUGAUGUCUUCGAAGAGGACCCGACCACUAUAGACCUAGAGGCCCACGUCGCCUCGCUUACGGGCAAGGAAGCUGGUCUGUUUGUGCUUUCUGGCACCAUGGGCAACCAGAUCGCACUGCGUUCUUUGCUCAGGCAGCCGCCAUAUGGUGUGUUAUGCGACCACCGCUCGCACAUUGUCAAAUAUGAGGCUGGAGGCGUAUCGUCAUUAACCGGCGCAAUGGUCUCCACAGUGGCACCCAAAAACGCCACCUACCUGACCUUAGAAGAUAUCCAGUCCAAAGCCGUCCUGGGUGAUGAAGUCCACUCCUGCCCCACGUGUGUCAUAAGCCUCGAGAAUUCGCUGAAUGGCUUGAUCAUACCGCUGGCCGAGGUGAAAAGGAUUUCCGAAUUCGCGCGAGAGCAUGGGAUUAUGAUGCACUGCGAUGGUGCUAGACUGUGGGAGGUUGUCGCUGCCGGCGCCGGAUCCCUACGAGACUUCUGCCAAUACUUCGACACCGUCUCCCUAUGCUUUUCUAAGGGCCUGGGCGCACCGAUUGGGAGCAUCCUCGUAGGCAGCAAGUCUCUCAUCAAACAUGCGAGGUGGGUGCGUAAGUCGAUCGGAGGCGGUCUGCGCCAAUCUGGCGUCGUCACUGCUGCUGCCAGAGUUGCAGUCGACGUGACGUUUGGAAAGGGGCCGGACGGCGAAGGCGGGCUCCUCAGAGACACCCACGCCACGGCAAAGCGUGUCGAGAAGCUGUGGACUGGUCUAGGUGGUAGGAUGGAGUGCCCCGUCCAGACGAACAUGUGCUGGCUAGAUUUGAAGUCCAUGAACUGCUCCGUUUCUAGAUUUGUUGAGUUGGGUAACCAGGUAGGCCUUAAGUUGAUGGGCAACCGUCUUAUAACGCAUUAUCAAAUUGGCGAGGAGGCUAUCCAGAGACUGAGCGGAAUCUUUGAGACGAUCUCUCGGGAGAAAGAGGGUCCCGAAUACAAAACAGAUAGUCAGACGCACCAGUAUGGGCCUUACGGGGUGUAG